AUGAAGUUCAUCUCGCCUGUCUUUGUCUUCGUCGCCAUCUCGGCGGCCUCGACUGCCCUCGGUGCGCCUACUCCGGAUACUGGCGCCCACGAGCUCGUCCGUCGUCAGGCCUGCAUCGGCAGAAUCCUGCAAGAGGUGCUCGGUGCCGUGCGAGACAUCCGCACCCUCGACCCGCCCGACGCCAACAGAGCACAGGACAUCAUCGACAGCGUGUUCCGCGCGCUGAGGCAAUGCGGCGUCCCCCGUCUGCCAAACGUGCCCACGGUGCCUACUGUGCCCGGCUUGCCAACCAUCCCUGGCCUGCCUACUAUUCCUGUCCCCGACGUUCCAACGGUGCCUGGCGUACCUACUGUGCCUACGGUCCCUGACGUUCCAACGGUGCCCGACGUUCCUACCGUUCCUGGCGUACCUACUGUGCCUACAGUACCCGACCUUCCCACCGUUCCUGGCGUUCCUACGGUGCCGACUGUGCCUGACGUUCCCACCGUGCCUGGCGUACCGACCGUGCCCACGGUUCCCGAUGUUCCUACGGUGCCUGGCGUACCGACAGUGCCCACGGUUCCCGAUGUUCCCACGGUGCCUGGCGUACCGACCGUGCCCACGGUUCCCGAUGUUCCUACGGUGCCUGGCGUACCGACAGUGCCCACGGUUCCCGAUGUUCCCACGGUGCCUGGCGUGCCUACCGUACCCACCGUACCCGACGUUCCCACCGUACCGACCGAUCCUCUCCCUCCAAUCAUCCCUAUCAUCACCGACCCCGCGCCCACUCUGCCCACUGAUCCUCUCACCCCUAUCGUCACCGAUCCUCUUGCGCCAGUCGCUCCUAUCGUCACCGAUCCUCUUGCGCCAGUCGCUCCUAUCGUCACCGAUCCUCUUGAGCCAGUCGCUCCUAUCAUCGGCGACCCGCCCCUCGCUCCUCUCCCGCCCAUCAUCAGUGACCCGGCGCCCCCUCUGACCGGCCCGCUCGAUCCCAUCAUCAGCGACCCCGCGCCCGCCCCUCUCCAGCCCAUCGCUCCCAUCAUCAGCGACCCUUCGCAGCCUCCUCUCAUUCCCAUCGCUCCCAUCAUCAACGACCCUGCGCCCACUCUUCCUAUCGAUCCUGUCGCGCCAGUCGCGCCCAUCGUUGCUGAUCCGGCGCCAAUCGUGACCGAUCCUCUCGCUCCUAUCGCUCCCAUCAUCAGCGAUCCGCCUCUCGCCCCCCUUCCCCCUAUCAUCAGCGAUCCUGCGCCUCCCAUUACUGCACCUCUCGAUCCUAUCAUCAGCGACCCCGCGCCUGCCCCGCUUCAGCCCAUCGCCCCAAUCAUCAGCGACCCUUCGCAGCCCCCUCUCAUCCCCAUCUCUCCUAUCAUCAACGACCCUGCUCCGGCCCCUGCACCGGCUCCUGCUCCCGCUCCCGCUCCUGCGCCUCUGAUUCCCAUCAUCAGCGAUCCUAUCGCGCCUGCUCCGGCACCAGCACCGGCACCUGCACCGGCGCCCGCUCCUUUGAUCCCUAUCAUCAGCGACCCUAUCGCGCCUGCGCCUGCGCCCGCACCGGCACCGGCACCCGCUCCAGCACCCGCCCCUGCGCCUGCUCCUGCGCCUCUGAUUCCCAUCAUCAGCGACCCUAUCGCGCCUGCUCCCGCUCCAGCACCGGCUCCAGCUCCCGCGCCUGCUCCUGCGCCUGCCCCGGCUCUUCCCAUCCUGCGCCCUAUCACCAGACUCUUGCGCUUGUAA